AUGAAAUUGGAAAUUAAUAAUUGUAUCUACCAGGCAUCAUAUUCCUCUGACUCUAAUGCAGUGAUGUCCACGUCUGGCAGAAGUAAAGAAGAAAUACAGUCUGCGUUGACAAGAACAGUGGCUACUGAAUCGUCUAAAUCCAACAUUGAUAUUCAGGUAUUCAUAAUGUUUUUUAACAUCAUUUGAACAAUAAUCUUUACCAAUUAUGUAAUGACUUGCCAUAAACCCUCUUGAGACAUCUGGGCCAUUCCAUUGACCAAUAGUGUUAUGGCGAAAAAAACGAAAGGCCAAUGUAUCAGCCUAAUAAUAAAAGCCGCCACAUUUACCAGCUAAUCAGAUUCUCGACAGAUUAAUGGCAGCUUCCUUGAUAUUUUAUGGUGUUCCGUCAUUUUAAAUUAAAAUAUUUUUUUUACCUAGUGACCCCUACCAAUGCUUACUAAAUUAGUGAUUAAUUAGACAAAAACAAUUUGUGUCAAUAUAACAAUAUAAGGAAGCUUUAAUAAUAAUUUUACAUAAUCACAAGUAUAUGUUUCGGCACAAGCCUUCAUCAGCACAACAAAAAAAAACCAAUUAAAUAAGUAUAAAUUAAAUAAAAAUGACAAAAGAAAAGUACAAAUAUAUAGUAGCAGUCAAAAUUAAGUUUAAUUACUAAAUAUGUGACCUUGAAAUAUCCCUAAAAGUAUAACAGCACCAGGGGAAUAUUUUUUGUAUUUCACUUUCACAUGUUGAAUCUCAUUCAAAUAAGUGUAAGGACUUAUUGAGGCUUCAACAACAAAAAAUUCAACAAAAUUCUGCAAGUAAGAUGUGCUUAUCCUAAGUGUAAAAAUUUUUUUUGCAUGCAUAAGUUAUGCAAAUCGGGACAUCUAAUUUGCAUAAAUGUUGAGUUUUCAGUUUUAUUCGUAAAGAUCGUAAUAGUUUAUUCAGUUCCCUACAAGAACAUGUCUAGUUUUAUAUUUGUAAAGUAAUUAGUUUAUUAUUUAUAAUUUGUUUUGCAAAGUAAGUGCAGGGUUUGUGAAAAGGACUCUAUUUUAGUAAAAAAAAAAGGCUCUGUCUCUAGGGGGGUAAAAAAAUGGAUGUAAUUUUCUGGGCUUUAAAUAAAGGAAAUUAUAAUACUAUAAUAUACAAUUGUGCUUGCAAAAUUUUUUUGUGUUUUUACUUUUCUAUUUUCAACAUUUCAAUUUAAAUUUCUUUAUUGAUUUAAUCUUACUGAGGAAUCACAGGUUGAAAUAUUUGUUUUCUUGUUUCUUUUAGUGGGACAGUGAAAUGGACUACUCUGAAAUAUUUGAUGACGACAUGGAUUUUGAAGGAACUGACAUUUUUGAUGGAGCAGCUAAAGACUUAAAUGAAUCAUACAAACCAUCUAAAUGUCCAACAGGAAGUAACAUCAAUAACACAACCUUAAAGCUUAAGUUUGGCUUCUCAGGCCCGCAGGAAAAUCAAGCUCCUGUACCAGGAAGGAGUGACAAUGAUGCCAGUUCUUUAUUGAACAAAUCACCCGAUUCUCAUCCAAAAACCUUCUGUGUUCAGUCAUUUAACAAUUCCAAAAACUCGGGUCCUGACCAAGAUGACUUGUUUGAUGAUGAUUGUGAAAUCAUUGAAGCAAAUUAUUCUGCUUCAUCUCACAUAAAUAAAAAUAUAAUUAAAGCAUCAGAUGAUAAUUUUCCUUUUCUGUCCAGAAAAGAUCAGAAAACCUUAAACACCACAGAUAAACAAAAGGGCAUUUGUCUAAUAGCUACACCUACUAGUUCAAACCAAUAUUCACCUACAAUACCCUAUUCGAAUGAAGGAGCGCAGAAUUUCCCAUUAGAGUCCGAAACUUCUAAAAGCCCAUCAUUUUUUUUAAAAAAAGCACCCCUUUUCAAAGCUAAAUCAACAUCAUCUUGUGGAACUUCAAAAACUGUGACAUCGAAUCAGCCUAAAAUACAAUGUAAGCUAUCAGACAUGUUUGGUACAAAGAGUCACAUGUCAAAAAAAGGACCGAUAACCUCUAGCAGCAACUCCAUUGUUAUUGAUGAUGAUACAAUACCCUCUUCUACAACAAUAAAAAUUGAAAGACUUAAUGAACCUUUUACUAUGAAGAAUCCAUUUAUUGAUAAUUCAUGUGUCUCAAGAUAUUCUGAGAAAAAUUUACCUGGUGUUGUAUCAGAACAAUCCAUAUCAAUAAAUCAGGAAAGACUAUUACCAUGUGGAGAGUCAGACAGCUUAAUCCACAGUAAAAAUAAAACACAUUCAGAAAUCGGUAAAAAUCCUUUUUCAUGUGCCAAGGAAAAUACUUUACUUAAAGCUAUCAUUCACCCUUUUGGAGAUUUCAGUGAUAUUAAAGGUAAAUAAUUUCUUGUACUUCUUAAUUGGAUAUUUAAAAUUCCAUUAAUUUUCAAGUCUUAAGUGAGAGAUAAGUGUGUACUUGUUUUUCAAAUGAAGCAAUAUUUUAAAAUGGGUACCGUUAUCAUAGUAUUUGUUUCAAAGCCAAAGCAGUUUUUUUUAAAACAGUCUUCACGUUCUUCAGGUUAUAAUGAGUAUGUUACAUUUUAAAGCUAAUAAUUCCAAUCAACUCUCCUCACUGUUUUAUGUUAUUCACAGAUCGUGUUUAAUGCCUCCCUCAACGUUGUUUCUGCUUUUCUAUUCUACCAAUUUCCAAAUGUUGGAAAGCUCUGCUAACCUUAAAUUUGUUUAAAAUAUGUGAUUUAAGUAAACAUGAAUAAUAAUGUCUACUACUUAAAGACCACCAGCAAAGUCCUUGUUCGUGUUAAUUCUUCUGUAUGAAAUGUAUUUGUAUAUUUCAUUUUCAUUUCAGUAAAUUUGAGUGAAGACAUGCCCUACAAAUAUUUGGUUGACAUAAGGAAAUUAACACCCCCUGCUUCAAUCACUGUAAAGGUAAGAUUAACCCUCUUGAGACGGCUGGGCCGUUUUAUCUGCCCAGGGUGGAGUAGCAAAAAAGACGAAUGGCCGAUCUAUCCGCCAG